ACAAUCGGACAUUAUUUUAAACAACAGUCGAACACUCGGCCAGUUUAUGUUGGAGUGGCCAACCGCGAUAAUUGGGUCUGGAUCGCCGCUGUUGCCAACAGGCCAAACCGGUCCCGAUUGCUGCGAAAUUCCCCAUCCUCAGGUGCCGGAUGACCGAUGCGAUAUUGUUCCUCCAGCUCAUUAGCCGUGAAGACGCGAUGCAUUUCGUGCGCCUGCUGCUGUGAUUAGUGGUUUUGCGGCUCAAAAUGACUGGAAAAACCGUGCUCAAGCAGAUCAGUCUGGCAUUCCUGUCGAACUUCUCCAACAUCGCACCGGGCAUGGCCAUUGGGUUUUCCGCUGUUGCCAUCCCGGCCCUUCGUCAGCUCACCACCGCCCAGAUCUCCUGGUUCGCUAGCAUAGCUUCGCUGGCCACGCCCCUCGGCUGUCUCUGCUCCGGACCAAUAGCUGAUCGAUUUGGGCGCCGGAAUGCCAUCCGGGCGGUCAACGUCUGCGCGCUGAUUGGCUGGCUGAUCAUCGGCGCCGCCUUCUAUUCGCCUGCGCAGCAAUACGGGCUCCUAUUGGCCGGCCGAUUCGUCACUGGAGUGGCCGCAGGGCUGUGCGGCAGCCCCGCCUCAGUUUACAUGGCGGAGGUGGCCAGCGUGGAGCUGCGCAGCGUCUUCACCACGUGGGUGUCGCUCUUCUACGCCAUCGGCAUCUUCAUCGUGUACCUGCUGGGGCUCAUCUUCAAGGACGACUGGGGCUCGAUAGCGCUGAUCGCGGCCGUCUUCCCGCUGAUCGGCCUCCUCUUCCUGCAGCUGUUCAUCCCGGAGUCGCCCCCCUGGCUGGUGACGAAGCAGCGCUUCGAAGAAGCCCGGACGAGCAUGUGCCGACUGCACGGCACGCGCACCUACACUGAGGACGUGCAGCUCGAGAUGGAAACGUUGCUGAACAACCGGCGCGUGAAGAAGGAGAAGACGCAGCAGAAAACGCUGCCGCAGCAGUUCGUCAAGAAGCUGAAGAUGCUGACGCGCCCGAACUUCCUGCGGCCCUACCGGCUGGUGCUCGCCUACUUCUUCUUCCAGCAGUUCACCGGCAUUUUCGCCAUCAUGUACUACGCCAUCGACAUAGUGAAGGGCGCCCAAGUGGCGCUGGACCCCCACGUUGCCAUCGUUGCCAUUGCGCUGGUGCGCCUGGCCGGCAUGGUGCUGAUCAGCUUUCUGAGCACGCGCCUCGGCCGGCGCACCCUCGGCCUCGCCUCGGGCGUCGGCAUCGCUCUGAGCAUGCUCGCCCUGGGCAGCUACAUCGUGCUUCUGAAGCGCGGGCUCAUGGCGCAGCCGCUGCCGCUCGUGCCGCUCGCGCUGCUGGUCUUCUACUUCUUCAUCACCACCAUCGGGUUCUACCCGCUGCCCUUCGCCCUCGCCUCGGAGGUCUACCCGAAGAACAUCCGCGGAACGGCGGCCGGCAUCAGCACAGCGUCCACCUUCGUGUUCAAUUUCGUGGUGGUCAAGCUCUACCCCACCAUGGUGGCCGCCCUGGGCGACUUUGGGGUGUUCUACUUCUAUGGGGGCAUGGGCGUGGUCGGCACGCUGUUCGUGCUGGUGUGCAUGCCGGAGACCAAGGGGCGGACGCUGGAGGAGAUCCAGGCCUACUUUGUGCCUCCGGGGGCCGAGCCCCCGGAGGCGAAGGCGUGAGGCGAAGGCUGUGAUUUUCUGGGAGAAAUAGAGGUUUUUUUGUGGUU